GCUCUAGCUCCCGGUGCAAGGCAGAGAUGGCGACUGCGACUCAGCUACUUGGGCGCCGAGUGCUAAGCUGGAGACUGCGGCCGCCGCUGCCGCCCCUCGCCGGCCUUAUUUCCCAAAGGGCCCACUCUCUGCUGCCUGUGGAUGAUGCGAUCAACGGGCUAAGUGAGGAGCAGAAGCAGCUUCGUCAGACCAUGGCUAAGUUCCUUCAGGAGCACCUGGCCCCCAAGGCCCAAGAGAUUGAUCGUAGCAACGAGUUCAAAAACCUGAGAGAGUUUUGGAAGCAGCUGGGAAACCUGGGAGUUCUGGGGAUCACAGCCCCUGUUCAGUAUGGCGGCUCCGGCCUGGGCUACCUGGAACAUGUGCUGGUGAUGGAGGAGAUAUCCCGAGCGUCUGGAGCAGUGGGGCUCAGCUAUGGUGCCCACUCCAACCUCUGCAUCAACCAGCUUGUGCGCAAUGGGAAUGAGACCCAGAAGGAGAAGUAUCUCCCCAAGCUGAUCAGUGGUGAGUACAUCGGAGCCCUGGCCAUGAGCGAGCCCAAUGCUGGUUCUGAUGUUGUUUCCAUGAAGCUCAAAGCAGACAAGAAAGGAGAUCACUACAUUCUGAAUGGCAACAAGUUCUGGAUCACCAAUGGCCCUGAUGCUGACAUCCUUAUAGUCUAUGCCAAGAAUAAUCUGGCUGCUAUGCCAGCUUCUCAGGGCAUCACAGCCUUCAUUGUGGAAAAGGGUAUGCCUGGCUUCAGCACCUCUAAGAAGCUUGACAAGCUGGGGAUGAGGGGUUCUAACACCUGUGAGCUAAUCUUUGAAGACUGCAAGGUUCCUGCUGCCAACGUCCUGGGCCAUGAGAGUAAAGGCGUGUAUGUGCUGAUGAGCGGGCUGGACCUGGAGCGGCUGGUGCUGGCUGGGGGGCCCCUCGGGCUCAUGCAAGCUGUCCUGGACCACGCUAUUCCCUACCUGCACAUGAGGGAAGCCUUUGGCCAGAAGAUUGGCCACUUCCAGUUGAUGCAGGGGAAGAUGGCCGACAUGUACACCCGCCUCAUGGCAUGUCGGCAAUACGUCUACAAUGUUGCCAAGGCCUGUGAUGAGGGCCACUGCACUGCCAAGGACUGUGCAGGAGUGAUUCUUUACUCAGCUGAAUGUGCCACGAAAGUAGCCCUGGAUGGCAUUCAGUGUUUUGGUGGCAAUGGCUACAUCAAUGACUUUCCCAUGGGCCGCUUUCUUCGAGAUGCCAAGCUGUAUGAGAUUGGGGCUGGGACCAGUGAAGUAAGGCGGCUGGUCAUUGGCAGAGCCUUCAACGCAGAUUUUCACUAGCCCCAAGACCCAUCAGUCCCUUUACCCAGCACCUAGAGGCCUUUCUUUGCAAGGAGACAUGGCAGCUCUCCUGCUCUGCCUGAGGCAGGCCCUGUUGCUCAGCUGCCCUUCUUGUGUUAGCCUUUUGGCCUCUGCAUGGUUGCCAAGCCCAUGGGCCUCACAGCCAGGCCAGCAGCCAGGACAGUUUCAGGCGCUUAAAAUGGACUCGGCAGGGAGUAUGUUAGCUGUUAUGGUGAUUGCUCGGAUAGGCCUUCCCCUUAAUCUCUAAUUCUAACCCUGAUAUUCCCACCUCCAGUGGUGGUCACCUGGGGGCAUGUAGGUGCCCACCCCUUUCUCUUAGAUGAGCCCUGGAAGAGAACUCUCCCUGCUCAAGUAUAGUAAAAGCAUUGGCCCUCUUUAUUUACUGGAGCUUGAUACCAGAUGCCCAAUCUGAAAAUCCAAAAUUUGAAACAUUGCUGGUCCCCAGUAUUUUGGAUAAGGGAUAAUCAACUUGUAGACUCUUUUCUGGGGAAAAAAGUCAAAAAGCUAACCCUGUUUCUGCCAGUUCCUAGAGGCAUCUUAUGGACAUGUGUGCUGCUGAGAAUCUACAGAAGGGCAGAAGAUGGGGUGUCUGUGUGCCCUUGGAGGAUCAACUCCUCAGCGGUCCCUGAUCCUUCCACUCCAUACUGCCCUACCAUGACACUGUCCAGUCCUGGCCAUGUGACCAUCCACAGCUGAGCGGGCAGCAGGCACAGGUCCUACCUGAGCAGGCCUAGAUUGGCUGGAGUCAAGCCAAUCCAGCCAAGGCUGCCUGCAUACAUUUCUCUAGACACCCCAUGGCUAAUUUUGUUAUAAUUGCACAAUGGCUGCUGCCAUUUUGUAUUAAACAUAUUGUGAAGCAAA